AGUGUGAGAGGCGAAAUCUGCCUAGCAACCGGGGAAGCCGGGCUGUGAAGCGGGCAAUUUCAGUGUGAGAAGGAGCGGCGAGACCGAGUCGCGGCUCCGAGCGCGCCGAAGCAGCUCCUUCCGCCCGGGGUCAGCGCCCCGGCUCGCGCACGCGCACCCUGGCUGCCUGAGCGCGCCCCGCGCCGCCCGCGCAGUCGGUCGGUCGGUCGUCCGUCGUCCUGUCUCCGCAGCCGCCUCAGGCGCCACCCGAGGGAGCCGUCGCCGGGGGACGCGACCGGACCGGACCUGAGCGUUCUGCCCGAGGCCGGCCCGGGGCCCAGCUGCCCAUCCGGCGGAGCCCAGCAACUUCGAAUGAGUGAAGAAGCAUGUCGAACCCGCAGUCAGAAGCGAGCCCUUGAACCUGACCUAACGGAGGAUGAUGUGGAGAGCAAGAAAAUGAAAAUGGAGAGAGGACCAUCAGAGCUAACCAUGGACGGAGACACCAGGGUGAUGCCUGAGCUGGGUGCAGGCCCAGCCCAGGGGUUGCUAAGGACAACAGAGGCCAUGGCCACGGUAUCAGGCGAAGGAAUGGUAGGAGACGGGCCUGUGGACAUGCGUACCUCACACAGUGACAUUAAGUCCGAGAAGAGGCCCCCCUCCCCUGAUGUGAUCGUGCUCUCUGACAGCGAGCAGCCAUCGAGCCCCAGGGUGAAUGGACUGACCACAGCAGCCUUGAAGGACACCAGCACCGAGGCGCUCCUGAAAAGCAGCCCGGAAGAGCGAGAGCGGAUGAUCAAGCAGCUGAAGGAGGAGUUGAGGCUAGAGGAAGCGAAGCUGGUUUUGUUGAAGAAACUACGACAGAGUCAAAUACAAAAGGAAGCCACGGUGCAGAAGCCUGCAGCUUCCUCAGGGAGUGCCGUGACCACCCCUCCCCCACUCGUGCGGGGUACCCAGAACAUUCCUGUUGGCAAGACAUCACUUCAGACCUCCUCUGCUCGAAUGCCUGGCAGCAUCAUCCCACCACCACUGGUCCGAGGUGGGCAGCAGGUGUCUGCCAAGCUGGGACCACAGGCCAGUUCCCAAGUAGUCAUGCCGCCGCUUGUCAGGGGGGCCCAGCAGAUUCACAACAUCAGACAGCAUUCCUCCACGGGGCCACCACCCCUCCUCCUAGCCCCCCGUGCCUCAGUGCCCAGCAUGCAGAUUCAGGGACAGAGGAUCAUCCAGCAGGGACUCAUCCGUGUCGCCAAUGUCCCCAAUACCAGUCUACUUGUCAACAUCCCUCAGCCCAGCGCAGCCUCACUGAAGGGGACAACGGUUGCCUCUGCUCAGGCCAGUUCCACCCCCACCAGUGUGGCCUCUGUGGUUGCAUCUGUUGAGUCUCCAGCCAGCCGACAGGCUGCUGCCAAGCUAGCACUGCGAAAGCAGCUGGAGAAGACACUGCUCGAGAUCCCGCCUCCCAAGCCCCCUGCUCCAGAGAUGAACUUCCUGCCCAGUGCUGCCAACAAUGAGUUCAUUUACCUGGUGGGCCUGGAGGAGGUGGUGCAGAACCUGCUGGAGACACAGGCGGGCAGGAUCUCUGCCAGCACAGCUGCUGCUGUGUUAUCCCGGGAGCCCUACAUGUGUGUUCAGUGCAAGACGGACUUCACAUGCCGCUGGCGGGAGAAGGGUGGAACUGUCAUGUGUGAGAACUGCAUGACGUCCAACCAGAAGAAGGCGCUCAAGGUGGAGCACACCAGUCGGCUGAAGGCCGCCUUUGUGAAGGCGCUGCAGCAAGAACAGGAGAUGGAGCAGCGGCUGCUGCAGCAGGGCCUGGGUACUGCCAGCACCAAGGCUGAGCCCACAGCCCCACAUCCCACGCUGAAGCAGGUCAUAAAGCCCCGACGUAAGUUGGCGUUCCGCUCAGGAGAGGCCCGUGACUGGAGUAACGGGGCUGUGCUACAGGCUUCCAGCCAGCUCUCCCGGGGCUCAGCCACAGCCCCUCGUGGCGUUCUGCACACAUUCAGCCAGUCACCCAAACUGCAGAAUGCAGCCUCAGCUACGGCCCUGGUGAGCAGGACUGGCAGACAUUCCGAGAGAGCCGUGGGUACCAGCAAGGGCACCACCUCCAACUGGAAGAAGACGCCCCUGAGUGCAGGUGGAACCCUUGCCUUCGUCAGCCCAAGCUUGGCAGUGCACAAGACCACCUCGGCUGUGGACCGUCAGCGGGAAUACCUCCUGGACAUGAUCCCUCCACGCUCCAUCCCCCAAUCAGCCACAUGGAAAUAGUGGGAGCCCGGCCCAGCUGAGGACAGGCUCUCCGCUCUCCCGUGGCCCCCUGGUCCAGGACGCACAGACUACCCUCCUAACAAGUUGCCUGAGACAGCUCAGGCCUUGGCUAUUUAGCCUUGCAGUGGCCGGAAGAGGGUGCCACCUUGGUGCCCAGGAUCAGAACCAGGGACCUCCCCCGUGGGCCUUCUUCUUCCUUUUUGCCUUUAGUUUGCCCGACACCAGCAGAAACUCGGACCUAGGGGCCAGCUCUGCCUGGCCAGCAUGGGUGGGAGCUCACCCUGGACACUGUGACAUGCCCGGGCCAGCUGGCACCGGGGCUCCCGAAGUUGAGCCGGGGUUUUGUUCUCUUUCGGCUUUUCCCAUCUUAGCUCCUCAGUCUCUGCCUCCUCAUGGCCAUCUAUAGGUUGGAGUUUGGGUUUUUGUUUUUUCUUUUUUAAUCACCUCAUGAUGAUGAUGGAAUUAAAAGUGAACUGUGUAGACCCAGGGUCUCUGUUGUGCACAGUGUAGUCCCUAGCCCCAGAGGACACUCUGAGUGGCAGCACCCAGGGAUGACAGGUGCCACCAUGGGUCCAGGUGUGUCUUCGAUGCUUGCUGCAGCCCCUGGCUUCCACACUGAGCAGAGUGAGUCUCGGGGGUUCCAGAGGGAUGCUGGGCCCACUGUGCUGGAACCAGAGCUGGCUGCUGGCAGGGAGGCUGCUGGGUUAUUUUUUGUGGUUUAUUUUAUUAAAAUUUCUUUCCUUUUCCUCUUCAUUUUGAUGGACACAAUCUCAAGGUGCACAAGAGGCACCCAGGUAGGCCCAGAUAGAACCCCUGUGCCUGGGGUUGGCAGGGUUUACUUCCGACUCCUCAGGCCACAGGAAUGUCUGCAAGGGCCAGGUCUACUUUAGUUUUGUUUCCUUCUCCCGUCGUCGUCGUCACUCUUUAAAAAUUGGUUCCAUGGUGAAAGGCAGAAGCAGCAGCGCUAUGUGUCCAGCUCGCCCAGGGUGGCCUGCUGCAUGUCUGCAGUGAUUGGCUGCUGUCAGAUCCCGACCAGCCCUGGCUUCUCUUGACACAGUACAGUUAGGGACUUUAAUUUAAACCCUUGUUCUGCAGACCACCGCCCUCUGCAGAUACGAACCCCACCUCCUCCUAAUAAAGGCUCAUUUAACCCCGUG